AUGGAAGGUUCCACGGGCCAGACACUUGAAGGCACCUGCGUGCUGGGUAGCGGAAACUCCCGAGCACACCAGCCACUCAUCGCACCAUGCACGUGUCUAGCUGGGGGCCUGGGGGCUGGGCGCAAGCCGGGGGAGAGUUUUGCUUCAGCGCGUGUUGCAGUGUACGAAGUUACCACUGCUAGUUUACUUCCCCAUGUAGCUGACCACGUGCUUGUUGCUUCACUCUCACGCCUGCGUCUCACUGCAGGGACUCAGGAGGUGGUUGGUGUCUGGAGCAGGACUGAAUACCUGAACAACACACACCAUGGCGGCGGCCUACGAGGAGUUCCUGAGGAGGAUGCAGGAGGGGCUGAUGAUGCGGAGUGGAGGAAUGGCUCAGGAAGAAGGAGAGGAGUGGAGCAGCCCUCUUCGCCCCCACCACUCAUAGAUCACCAACAGCAGGACCAGCAGCAACAGCUUCAAGAACACCAACAACAGCAAGAACAACAGCAGCAACACCAGCAGCAACCGCAACAACAGCUGGCAUCUUCCCCGACCUUCAAGGAGCUGUAUGAUCACAUAUGUCAGGAAAUCCGCUCUUCGGGGACCCUGGACGCCGUGAUGCAGGAGUUCCAGGAGCUGAGGACCGACCUGCAGCGCGUGGCCUAUGUGGCGCAGCUCAGCCAGUUGCGAGCACUGCGGCUUGAACCGAAUUACAGCAGAAAGAGUGAGGAGGAGGCGAUCAGCUUUGAGCAAGUUUACGACACGCUCAUAACCAACGAGGCCUCGGCAGGGAAGGCCUUAGAGGUGAUGAAGAAGUGCAUCCAGAAGACACCUCCUGGGAAUAUCACAGCCCUCGCCGUGCGGUACAUGAAGAGAGGCUGGGCGUCGCUUCUGCUGGAAUACUUCACGGCGGCAGAGGCAGACGCAAAGAUCAGCCUGUCCUUCGACUGUCCAGAGGAGCUGAUGUGGAAUUCUUACGAGAUCUUGGGAUACUGCAGCGCUCGCGUCCACGAUUACAAGGCAGCAAAUACUUACUUCAGCAGAGCACUUGAGAACCUGCGAAGAGGCGCCGUGAGCAAUGAGGUGAAAGCCACUGCAGCUGCAAGGAUCAUGGCGGUGUUCAAGACGGUGAAAGACAAGAAGAACAAGAAGAGCAGCGCCGACAAACUAGACGAGGCCAAGAAGCCAUUCCCACCCGUGCCCCAGCUGAGCUAUGGCCCCAACAAGAAGUUCCCCAGUGCCUCCUCCGCCCUCAGCUUCGUGACCAUGGGAGGCAGAGGCCGCUGCACUGUGGCCAAGAGAGACAUCAAGCCCGGGGACGUGCUGAUGGUGGACUCUCCGUUCUGCACGAUGAUCAACCCUUCUUUCCUGAAGGCUCACUGCUUCCACUGCUUCGCCGGCGUCGCCACCCCCACGCCCUGCUCCUCCUGUGCCAAGGUGUGGUACUGUGGUGAGGCUUGCAGGGAGGCGUCCUGGGCCAGCGUGCACCAGGCAGAGUGUCACGUGCUCGAUUACCUUCUGGAUGUCAACAUUGGCAAGCUGGCUCUUCUUUCCUUCAGAGUGCUGACGACCGUGACGUGGCCUGGCCUGCAGCGGAUGCGUCAGUCAAUAGAGACGCUGGCCGAGGCCGAGACAGAGGUGAAGGAUGAGCCACAGAAGGAAGUGAUGGAGGAGGAGCCUCAAGAAGGAAAGCCAGUUGAACAGCAUCCCUUUCAGUGGCAGGGAAAGUACCUACCUCAAGAUUAUCGCACUGUGCUGCACCUCACGUCCAACGCAGACAAGCGCAGCUUUGGGGACAUGUUCAAGCGGUCGGUGACGGCUGUCUACCUCGUCCACUGCCUCAAGAUCUCUGGCUUCUUCGGUAGCCAGAAUGUUGAGGAAGACGACAUGAGCUUCGUGGCCAGCAUACUGCUCAGGCUGCAAGGAGGCUCAUGCAACGCUUAUGAGAUCAGCGAGUUGGAGGUGAGCGGCGAGGGUCUGUCUGGCGGCGCGUUGCAGGAGGUGGGUGGCGCGCUCUAUACCACGAUCUCUCUCACCAACCACUCUUGCGUGGCUAAUGUCGCCCGCUACAGCAUUGGCGACAAGUGUGUGCUGAGAGCGCUGGUUCCCAUCCCUCGAGGCAGUGAGGUGCUAGACAACUACGGUUUCUUCUUCCACAGCAGCACCGUCAACGAGCGGCAGGAGGUGUUGCUCAACCAGUACAAGUUCAAAUGCGAGUGUCGGGCUUGUGCCGAGUUGUGGCCGCUGUACCCGCAUCACACGUCAGAGAUCCUCAUAUUCCGCUGUCCUUCCCCUGGCUGCUACAGUCCCUGCUCCUACUCCACCAGCAGCCGCACUGCCUGCAACGUGUGUGGCAAUCAACAACAGUACGCCAAGCUUAUGCACGAAAUGGAGCAGCAACUGAAACAUUACAACGACUUGCUGGCUCAGGUGAGGAAAGGAAUCACAGCCAACACCUUGCCGCAGCUUCUCUCUCACUCGACCUUCAUGACCCGCCACGUUGUGCCUCCCGUGAAGCACUACACUGACUUACAGGAGGUGAUAAAGCGAUGCUAUAUCCUGCAGGGGAACAUAUAUCGCCCUUGCCAGGCAGCAGCGCCGGUUGAGGUGCAACAGCGCUCCGCCCCGCGACUAAGACCCAGCAAGAGGGAGGUGGUGCUGCCCCGCUAAAAUGCUUUCCGGGUAGUGGUCGAGCCUGGCUUCCUACAAAUCACAUAUCCGUUCAAAAACUAACGCCAAACCCCACAUGCCAUAAUAUGAACACCUUCAUGUGAUAACAAGGUUAGUGCAUUCUGUUUCCCUCCAGCCCUGCAUUAAGCGUUCCGGUGAGAUUCAAACAUUUCCUACGGUCGGGUUGACGUCUGUACUAUACCCUUUGCAGUAUUGCAGACAAGUCUCUCGAACUGAAGCUCAGUUCCUUCGUCGGGUUACAAUUCAAGUCAUUGGCACCACACUAAGAAUAUAUGCAAGCGAUAUUUACUGUACCAUCUAGUCUAAUGUAAGUCUUAUUGGUAGAUGUAUUAGAUAAUUCUAAACAUGUAAUAGAUAUUCUGCAGGAAGUAAAGCUUGUUUUCAA